UAUUCGAGAGAGAGAGAGAAGCCAAAGCCAAACCCAAAACCAAAGCUAAAGCCAUUUGUUGCGAAGAAGAACAAGACCAAAAAACCAGUCGUCUUUGUGCCAUUAAAAUCUGAAAAAAGAAAAAUAAUAAACCCUAAUUUCGAUUUUUCUUUGUUCCAUUUCCUUGACUCUCUCUUUCUCUCUCUGUCUAUUUAAGCUCUGCCGGGAUGAAAGAUUAUUUAUAGAUUAUACAGACGAGAAAGGAAGGAAUAAAUAAGGCGAGAUAUCCAGAUAUCCAUUUCUCUGCCAUUUUAGUUAUCUUAGGCAAUAUAAAAAACCCUAAUUUCGUGUUAAGAGAUAGAGAGGUUGGGUAGACACUAGAUAGGGAAGAGGGAGAUUUGGGCUGGGUUGUGUUUUUAAUUUUCUUUUUUUUUUAUUUCUGUUAUUUGUUUUGGGUUUGAUUUCGAUGGCUGCUGUUGCGGAGAAUGCAAUUGGUUCGGAUGAUCAGUUCAUCCAUCAUCUUGGUUCUCCGACUACUGGUGUUGCUGCUGCUGCUCCGGCUUCUGAUCCCAAGUCAGAAUUUCAACGAGACGUGCGGCAGCUCGUUGAUUUGCUCUCGAAAUUGAACCCGUCGGCCAAGGAAUUCUUCCCGUCUUCUUACUCUCCCGAUCGUCAGUCGCCGCCGAGUAAUUUCUCUGAGGCGAUUAAGGAGUUCGGUAGUGAUGGGAAUCCCAAUUACCGGAAGAAAAAGAAUAACUUUAAUCAGGGGAAGAGGAGGUUGAAUGGGAGAACUCUUAGAGCUCAGAGAGAAGAUAGCAUUAGGCGAACUGUAUAUGUUUCCGAUAUUGAUCAACAUGUUACUGAAGAGCGACUUGCAGCGUUAUUUCUUAAUUGCGGACAGGUAGUUGAUUGUCGUGUUUGUGGUGAUCCCCAUUCGGUUCUUCGUUUUGCAUUUGUAGAGUUUGCUGAUGAGCAAGGUGCAAGGGCAGCUCUCAACCUUGCUGGGACCAUGCUAGGUUACUAUCCUGUUAGGGUUUUACCUUCAAAAACUGCCAUCUUGCCUGUGAAUCCUACAUUCCUUCCCAGGUCAGAAGAUGAACGGGAAAUGUGUGCCAGGACAGUCUAUUGUACAAAUAUUGACAAGAAGGUUUCUCAAAAUGAUGUAAAAAAUUUCUUUGAAUCAAUUUGUGGUGAGGUUUCUCGCCUGAGGCUUUUGGGAGAUAAUGUGCAUUCAACACGCAUAGCAUUUGUUGAGUUUGCUGUGGCAGAAAGCGCUAUUAUUGCACUCAACUGCAGCGGGUUGGUUUUGGGAUCACUUCCUAUUAGGGUUAGUCCAUCAAAAACACCAGUGAGACCUAGAGUUCCUCGGGCAACAUUGCACUGACCGACAAACUUCAGCCAAGAUAAAUGGGUCAAUACCAUCAGUGUGUUGAGAGAGAGAGAGAGAGAGAGUAUGUUGUGUUGAAGGGGUGGUGAAACUUUGGUUUCAGUAUAUAACCAUCUUUUCGUGGCAACAUUUCUAGCAUCCAAAAAUGAUGACUCACUUUCAAGCUUUUUUAAGUUUUAACAGAAUCGGCUCUUGAUUUUUUUCCCAAGUCUCCAUAUUGCUUUGCUCUCCCGGUUCUUCUUGAGUCUUGACUUUUUAAGGUGCUUGAUCUAGUUAUUGCAAGUAAAAGAAAGCAUUAGUAGCGAGAGAACAAUCUUUCUAAGCUGUGCCACCCGAAUUUGCACAGACACAAACACUCAUUGUACCUAUUCAACUCUUUCCAUUUUUUUGCUUUUGACUGGUAAUGACAAGAUGAGAAUGAUUAGUUGA